UCAGUCAGUCAGUUUGGUGUUGAGGCUCAGGAGGGUUGUGACGCCUGCCGCUCUUAACUUGGCGCUCGCGCACUCAAACGUGUCACCGAAAACUGUUUUAACGCAUUGCUGCAGAACUCGGUAUAGGCUAAUACAGAUGUCGCAGCCUGCUUGAUAUCCAGCAGUGUGCUGUGGUCUGCUUGAUAUCCAGCGGUGUGCUGUGGUCUGCUUGAUCUACGUUCUGCUGUAGCCUGCUUGAUCUCCAACGGUGUGCUGCGGUCUGCUUAAUCCGAGCUCUGCUGCAGGUUGCUUGAUCCGGGCACUGCUGCAUGGAGUAGGCAUAAUCCGCACUGCUGCAGUCUGCUUUUGCGCGUUGCUCGCUAGAAAGGAGAUUAAAUAACAUCGCUGGACCUCUGCUAAACUAAUUGGAGGAUUGAUUACAACUAAUACCACACGUUAACAUAAUUCCAGCAGUGGGCGUGCGGGUGGGCAGGCCAGAGUCCUGCUUGGCAGCAUGGAUCAGCUACAAAGGGACCGUGUGGGCCAGCGACCCUUCAACGAGCACACGGGCGACAACAUCUGCCCCAACAUGAUACGCGGCAUCGACUACAUCAGAGACCCCAGGCUCAACAAGGGUAUGGCCUUCACCCUGGAGGAGAGGCAGGUUCUGGGCAUCCAUGGACUUAUCCCUCCACGAUUCAAGACACAGGAGGAACAAGUUGACCUCUGUCAGAAAAAUAUUGAACGCUAUAAGGAGCCAUUGAACAAGUUUAUCUACCUAGCUGGCCUUCAGGAUCGUAAUGAACGCCUAUUUUAUAGACUUUUGAGUGAAAAUGUAGAAGAGUAUAUGCCCAUUGUAUAUACGCCAACUGUAGGGUUAGCCUGCCAGAAGUUUGGCCUGAUCUUUCGAAGACCUCGUGGUCUCUUCAUCUCGAUACACGACAAGGGACACGUUUAUGAUGUCUUAAGGAACUGGCCUGAGAGUGAUGUGCGAGCCAUUGUUGUUACUGAUGGUGAGCGUAUCCUUGGUCUUGGAGAUCUGGGUGUUCAAGGUAUGGGUAUUCCAGUAGGCAAAUUGUCCUUGUACACUGCACUCGCUGGCAUCAAGCCCCAUCAGUGCCUACCCAUUGUGCUUGAUGUUGGCACUAACCGAAAGGAACUGCUUGAAGAUGAGUUCUACAUUGGGAAUCGUCAUGAGCGCGUUACUGGUGAUGCUUAUGAUGACUUUAUUGAUGAAUUCAUGCAGGCAGUAGUACAACGCUAUGGACAGAACACACUUAUCCAGUUUGAAGACUUUGGUAACCACAAUGCAUUCCGUUUCCUUGAGAAGUAUCGUGGAAAGUACUGUACAUUCAAUGACGACAUUCAAGGAACAGCUUCUGUUGCUGUGGCUGGCUUGCUUUCAUCCCUUAGAAUUACAAAGACAAAGCUAUCAAGCCAUAAGUUCUUAUUCCAGGGAGCUGGUGAGGCUUCUAUUGGUAUUGCAAAUCUAAUUGUUAUGGCCAUGGUGGAGGAAGGCUUGUCAGAAGAGGAAGCUCGAUCAAAGAUAUGGUUAGUGGAUUCCCGAGGGCUCAUUGUAAAGAAUCGGCCUAAGGGUGGCAUCUCUGGACACAAAUCAGUCUUUGCCCAUGAACAUCCACCAAUGGAGGAACUUGCGGACAUUGUCAAAGAGCUUAAGCCAACUACUCUCAUUGGUGCUGCUGCCAUUGGUGGUGUGUUUACUCCAGAACUGCUGAAAGAUAUGGCGUCCUUCAAUGAACGCCCCGUCAUCUUUGCUCUCAGUAACCCAACAAGUCAGGCUGAAUGCACUGCAGAAGAUGCUUAUAAAUACACUGAAGGCCGCUGCAUAUUCGCAUCUGGCUCUCCAUUCAGUUCUGUGACACUCAAUGGCCAGACAUUCUACCCUGGUCAAGGCAACAAUGCAUAUAUUUUCCCUGGUGUGUCUUUGGGCGUCAUCUGCACUGGCAUCCAUCACAUUGAGGAUUCAAUCUUCCUUAUGGCAGCCAGGGCUCUUGCAGACUUGGUAACAGAAGAGGACCUUGGAAAUGGCCGGCUGUAUCCACCUCUCUCAGACAUCAAAGCUUGUUCAUUGAAGAUUGCCAUAUAUAUAGCUGAGCAUGCCUACAAGACAGGUAUUGCAUCGACUUACCCCAAACCCAAAGAUUUGGCCAAGUUCAUCACUGAUCAGCAGUAUAGCUACAGCUAUGAUGAAAUAUCUGCUCUUCCUAAAACUUGGGACUGGCCCGACCUUUCCACCUUCAACCCAAAGCUUUAAGAGUGUAAACUCUUAAUUCUUAAAAAAACAAAAUCUUAUGACUAAUAAGCUCUCAAGAAUUCUAUCAAAGGUUUUCUGAUUUUAUCUCUGAAGAAAAACAUUUUUGCUUCAUAUACUGAAAACCACCUGUUCACUGAUAUUGUGCUGAUGUAGCAAUUCAUGUAAAGGCAAGAAGUGUAAUACAGUAUAUUGUAUAAAUCAUAACUUCUGUGUUAGUAAACAUAUUAAAGAGUAACAUUUCUGUUAGGGCACCAACAUUAUUAAAUACUCUAGUUCUCUCCCAGACAUUAAAUUUGCAAAUAAAGAUUUGGUAAGAUAGUUUAUAUUAUUUACAGCUUAUUAAUGCUGAAAUACUUACUUAACUGUUGUGUGAAGGUGGAUUUAAGUCUUUUUUUUUUAUAUUUAUGGAAAAAAGAUAUGUAAUAUGCUAGUAGACACACUACUGUAUUUUGUGAUAUAAUCUUUUGUAUCGUAGGUGAGGGCGGUCAGGUGACUUUAGCAAGUCUUUGCUUGUCUAAUACAUCCUAUAGGCUUUUUAUCGAAUUCGUCAUAAUUUUUAGUCCAUGCACACAUUUCUUAAAAUGUCAAGAUCUCUAAAAGAAAACUACUUAAAGUUGCAUUUGCCCGACAUAAAAUAUUAUUUUGAUGUUUUCAACGUGUAGUCAUCCCUGUCCUAAGGCUAGUGCCUUCAUUAGGUAAAGUAUUGAUUGCACUACCAAAUACUAUUCUGCACCUAUAGACUGGUAUUAUACAUAAAACAAAUGUCAAUUUUAGGGUUUACUUGUAUUAGAAAUUAAAAUAUGCCAAACAAAUACAAUAUUGUGUGUGCUGUAAUGGUCAAGCUGUCAACAAUAACAUGAUCUAGAGUGAGCUUUUGAAUGGUAUACAGCAAAGGUUUUUGUUAACAUACUGGUACUUUUCAUUACUAAUGCUUGAAACUUUUAUUCAGAGGCCCUUUGAUUACAGGAUCUCUUUGAUAAUGAUUUUUUUUUUUUACUUUAUGGCCAUUAAUGAUAAAACUAUGUAUACAAUUCAAUUUAAUGUUUAUAUCCUGAAGCUAUUACAAGUCCAUACAAAUUACUUUUGGAAAUAAUGAAGAAAUCAGAAGAAAUGUAACCAUUGAUUCAUGAUGAAACAACUAGCAUUUCAUAUUUUGAUUUUUCAUCUCUAGUUUCAAAUCAUAUCCACUUAGUUUUUAUUAGUACAGGAGACUAACUGGAGCCUAAUUAUAAAUUUUGAUCCAAAUUGUUUUCCUAAUCUGUUUUGCCAACUAAUUACUGCUAAAAAUAGCAUUGCUAUUUAUUUGCACUUUUUCCCUUGGUAAAGUGAUUUGGCAAGCAAAAUAUAACUUAUCAGCUAGACUUUCUCUGGGCACGCAGAAUAGUAGCUAUAUGCUUGUAUAUAUAUAUGGAGAGCCAGUUACUAGGGUCUACAAGUAAAUCAAUAAUUUUUAUUUUCCUAAGGGAAACCCAAGAUAAUUUGUCUUAUAUUUUUUCAGAAUGUUUGUAAAGUAUAAAUGGUGCAAAGUGUUUGCCAAAUUUUUAUACAGAUGGCUUUGUGACCCCAUGUAUUGUUAAAACAUUUCAUGGACUUGACUACCUAUCAUUUAAAUAUAAGGUACGAGUUGUAACCUUCAGAAACAUCCAGAGGCCAGAGUGCUUAUAUAUUUUUUUCACUGCCGUAUUUUACUGAAAGGAGUUACAUACAGUAUCAUGUGUAAGUUAGUGUAUUAUGUAAGCUAAACCAUUUGUUAAUAACUCAUGAGAUGUAUUUAUUUCCCUAUCAUGUUUUUAUCAACAGUGUGUAGUUGUGCAAGUAGAAUAAAAUUGUAAGGACU